GUGCCUGUUUGCUUGGUGCCGCUCUCCUGAUAAAUCACAACCAAGCUUCCCGAGGAAGAGGAAGGAUGGACGGCACUGCUCUCCCUGUCAGUACACCCGCAGCUGCCAAGCUAGUUAAGAGAAAUUUCCUGGAGGCUCUCAAGUCAAAUGACUUCGGAAAAUUGAAGGCCAUUUUAAUCCAAAGGCAAAUAGAUGUGGACACAGUUUUUGAAGUUGAAGAUCAGAAUAUGGUUUUGGCAUCUUAUAAACAAGGUUAUUGGUUGCCUAGUUAUAAGUUAAAGUCUUCUUGGGCAACAGGCCUGCAUCUCUCUGUCUUGUUUGGUCACGUGGAAUGUCUUUUGGUGCUACUGGACCACAAUGCUACAAUCAACUGUAGACCCAAUGGGAAAACUCCUCUUCAUGUGGCUUGUGAAAUGGCCAACUUGGAUUGUGUUAAGAUCCUUUGUGACCAUGGAGCCAAGCUCAAUAGCUACUCCUUAAGUGGACACACAGCUUUACACUUUUGUACAACUCCAAGCUCCAUUCUCUGUGCCAAGCAAUUGGUUUGGAGAGGGGCGAACGUGAACAUGAAGACCAACAACCAGGAUGAAGAGACCCCCUUGCACACAGCUGCCCACUUCGGCCUCUCGGAGCUGGUGGCCUUCUACGUGGAGCAUGGGGCCGUAGUGGACAGUGUGAACGCCCACAUGGAGACGCCCCUGGCUGUCGCCACCUACUGGGCCCUCCGCUUUAAAGAGCAGGAGUACAGCAGGGAGCAUCACCUCGUCUGCCGCAUGCUGCUCGACUACCAUGCCGAGGUCAACGCCAGGGAUGAUGACUUCAAAUCUCCGCUCCACAAGGCAGCCUGGAACUGUGACCACGUGCUCAUGCACAUGAUGCUGGAAGCGGGCGCUGAGGCCAACCUCAUGGACAUCAAUGGCUGUGCGGCCAUCCAGUACGUGCUGAAGGUCACUUCCGUGCGGCCUGCCGCCCAGCCUGAGAUCUGCUACCAGCUACUACUGAACCAUGGGGCUGCUCGAAUAUACCCUCCACAGUUCCAUAAGGUGAUCCAGGCUUGCCAUUCCUGUCCCAAAGCGAUCGAAGUUGUAGUCAAUGCCUACGAACACAUCAAGUGGAAUGUGAAGUGGAAACGGGCUAUCCCUGAUGAUGACUUGGAGAGACACUGGGACUUUUACCACUCUCUCUUCACUGUGUGCAGUAACUCUCCAAGGACUCUCAUGCAUUUAUCGAGAUGCGCCAUCCGAAGAACGUUACACAACAGAUGUCACAGAGUAAUUCCUCUGCUUUCCCUCCCAUUGUCAUUGAAAAAGUACUUGCUUUUAGAGCCAGAGGGAAUCAUUUAUUAAGCCUUAUGAGACAGAGGUUCCCAAUCCCAGAUAUUUAAGUGGACUCGCCAGGUAGACACCGUUUACAUAAAUAAAAUGGUACUUGGGUUGAUUAUAACACUUCAGGGAUUUCAAAACACUUUACAAACACUAUGUCAUGUCAUUGAUCCUAGGGUUUCAUGGUGAGGGGAGAUAACGAAGCAAAGCCAGAAUGUAUCCAGAAGGUACAGACAGAACAAUAAUA